CUCAAUGUGUUGCUUUUUCACAGGGUCCAUUUGUGCAGGUGGAUGAACUGAUGGAGUCUUUCAGAAGGUUUAUACUUCCAGAGACUGUAGAUGCUGCUGUUGAGCUGAUCACGGGGGGACGACCUGAGCUGGCCAGCAAGGGGAACGACCCAGUGGAGCACAACACCAUCGUCAAUAAGUCGCUGAAGAGGCCCAUAGCUGACUCGGAUGAGGAAGAGGGGACAGCUGCCAUCGUGACCCCGGUGCAUGACAUCUACAUAGCACGACAGCAGAAGAGGAUCCGAUGAGCUGCAGCAUGCUCAGCAACACCCUCGCCAUCUGUUCACUUCACUGUGUCCUACAGGGACCUUACUCUCCAUCUCCCCCAAGGAACUUCAUCAACUUCAUGUGAACUAGGCCUCUUUCCCACAUGUGAGCAGUGACACUAAGACAGAGGAAAAGGUGUUUCUUGUGCAGGAAUGUAAUCCCUGUUGCUGACCCUCUGGAGAGUCCUCGUGAGUGACGAGUGAUACUCGCUACCCUCGCUGCCUCUCUAUAUGGUGUU